AUGUCUUCUCGGCCGGAGCUCAAGGUCGACGAUGAACAUGGUUUUAUCCGAUUUUUCAAGUCCCUUCCCGAAGUUCACGAGGACACCAUAAGGAUAUUUGAUAGAGGUGAUUGGUAUACCUCGCAUGGAGAGGAUGCGAAUUUCAUUGCCAGAACUGUCUACAAAUCAACAUCCGUGGUGCGACACCUCGGUCGAAAUGACCAUACGGGUCUCCCUUCAGUUACAAUGACCGUUACGGUCUUCCGACAGUUCCUCCGAGAAGCCUUGUUCAAGCUCGGCAAGCGUGUCGAGAUCUGGUCCAGUCCCAACGGCCGCAUGAACUGGAAGCUCACCAAGCAAGCAUCUCCUGGCAACUUGCAAGAUGUCGAAGACGAGAUUGGCGGCCAAUUCGACUCGGCGCCCAUAAUACUGGCCGUCAAGGUUUCCGCCAAGGCCUCGGAGGCGAGGAGUGUGGGUGUCUGUUUUGCAGACGCUACGGUUCGCGAACUAGGCGUAAGCGAAUUCUUGGACAACGACUUAUACUCCAACUUUGAGUCCCUCCUCAUUCAGUUGGGCGCAAAGGAGUGCCUUUGCAAGUCGACAAGAUCUGGCGAGGUUGCUGAAAGAUCAGACAUCUGCCUCUACUCUCCCCAGACCGACCUAAAACUCGCCAUGGGGUCUGCUGCCGCUCUCAUUCAAUAUCUCGGUGUCCUCCACGACCCCUCCAACUUUGGCCAGUUCCGUCUUUAUCAGCACGAUCUAGCUCAGUACAUGAAGCUCGACGCUGCGGCCCUCAAGGCUCUUAACCUUGUUCCAGGCCCCCGAGAUGGCGCCAAGACUAUGAGCCUUUACGGCUUGCUCAACCACUGCAAGACGACCUCAGGAAGCAGGCUCUUGUCCCAAUGGCUCAAGCAGCCGCUGAUGAGCAAAGAGGAAAUCGAAAAGCGACAACAGCUCGUCGAGGCGUUUGUUGUUGAUACGGAGUUGAGACAAACAAUGCAGGAGGAACACCUGAGGGCUGUGCCUGAUCUCUAUCGUCUUGCCAAGCGAUUCCAGCGAGGCAAAGCCAACCUGGAGGAUGUUGUUCGAGCCUACCAAGUUGUCAUUAGAUUACCGGGGUUUCUCGGCACUUUUGAGGGUGUGAUGGAUGAGUCUUAUAAAGAUCCUCUCGACGAGGCUUACACUACUCCCCUUAGGGACCUCUGCAACAGCCUUGGGAAACUUCAGGAUCUCGUUGAGACUACCGUGGACCUUGACGCUCUUGACAGGCACGAGUUCCUAAUCAAGCCCGAGUUUGAUGAAAGCCUAAAGGUUCUACGGAGCAAGCUUGACAAGCUCGACCGAGCCAUGCAGAAGGAGUUUGAAGACGCCGCCGAUGACCUCGGCCAGGAGCCUAGGAAAAAGAUUUUCCUUGAGAACCACAAAGUCCACGGCUGGUGCAUGAGGUUGACGCGACAAGAAGCCGGCUGCAUCCGGAACAACUCGUCGUACCAGGAGUGCUCGACCCAGAAGAACGGUGUAUAUUUCACGACGAAGAAUCUUCAGAGCCUGCGCCGCCAGUUUGAUCAGAUGUCCCAAAACUAUAACCGAACCCAGAGCAAUCUCGUAAACGAGGUUGUCAACUGCGCUGCUUCGUACUGCCCUGUUCUGGAGAGGCUAGCUGCCGUGUUGGCUCAUCUGGAUGUCAUUGUCUCUUUUGCCCAUGUCUCCGUUCAUGCUCCCUCGGCCUAUGUCCGGCCCAAGAUCCACCCACGAGGCGAGGGACAGACCAUUUUGCGGGAGGCACGCCAUCCUUGCAUGGAAAUGCAGGAUGAUGUUCAGUUCAUAACCAAUGACGUGGAGCUCCUUCGAGGAAAAUCCGCCUUCCUGAUCAUCACCGGCCCCAACAUGGGUGGUAAAUCGACGUACAUUCGCCAGAUUGGCGUCAUUGCCCUCAUGGCCCAGCUCGGAUGCUUCGUGCCUUGCGAGGAAGCUGAACUCACCAUCUUCGAUUCUAUCCUGGCCCGUGUUGGCGCCAGUGACUCGCAGCUGAAGGGCGUGUCCACCUUCAUGGCUGAGAUGUUGGAGACUGCCAACAUUCUCAAGUCCGCCACAGCCGAGUCUCUCAUCAUCAUUGAUGAGCUCGGCCGAGGCACCUCUACGUACGAUGGGUUCGGCCUCGCGUGGGCCAUCUCGGAGCACAUUGUCCAGGAGAUCGGCUGCUUCGCCAUGUUUGCCACCCACUUCCACGAGCUCACGGCGCUCGCCGACAAGUAUGACCAGGUGCACAAUCUACACGUCACCGCGCACGUGAGCGGUAUCGGAAAGGAGAGCGGCGAGGCCAAGCGUGAAGUUACCCUCCUGUACAAGGUUGAGCCCGGCGUGUGCGACCAGAGUUUCGGUAUCCACGUUGCGGAGCUGGUGCGCUUCCCUGACAAGGUUGUGCGUAUGGCGAAGCGCAAGGCCGACGAACUGGAAGAUUUUACUACCAAGCAUGAGGGCCAAGGUGUCAAGUACAGCAACGAGGAUGUGGCCAAUGGCAGCGCGAUGUUGAAGGAGAUCCUCGUGAAGUGGAAGGACGAGGUCAAGAAUGGCGAGAUGACGCAAGAGGAAAUGGUGGCCAAGAUGAAGGAGCUUGUGAUGGCGGAUGAAAAGCUGCUGGCGAACCCUUUCUUCCAGUCUGUGCGGGCGUUGUAG